CCCUGCUUUCAUAAACCUCGCAAACGUCAUGUGUACAGUUCAGUCAGGCCUUAUACAUUUGCAGCUUUCUGUUUUCUGAACGGAGUCAGAGAAACGUCGUUUAUUUCUCUUGUCAUCGGUUACAAAUCUUUCGGCUUCAUUUCCUGCAAAGUUCAGACGUUGUUACUCGUGGUAAAAUAACGUAACAAUUUCUGGGCAAACACAGGAAAGGCCAGAGCUAGUAGAGGACGCUUUUCAACAGGAUUUUUUUUUUUCGAGAAACCAAGCAGACGAUUGAGCUGCUGAUGUCAGUUAACUCUGAGAAGUCGUCGUCUUCAGAAAGGCCAGAGGCUCAACAGAAGGUCCCUUCAGCUCCCCCACCCCCUCCACCCCCUCCUCCACUUCCAGAGCCAUCACCAACUGAGGCAGAGGAGGAGAUUCUAGGAUCUGAUGAUGAGGAACAAGAAGACCCUGCUGAUUACUGUAAAGGUGGUUAUCAUCCUGUGAAAAUUGGUGAUCUUUUUAAUGGUCGUUACCACGUUAUUAGGAAGCUGGGAUGGGGUCACUUCUCUACAGUAUGGCUCUGCUGGGACAUGCAAGGCAAGGGGUUUGUGGCGAUGAAGGUGGUAAAAAGUGCUCAGCACUACACAGAGACAGCUUUGGAUGAAAUAAAGCUACUCAGAUGUGUGCGAGAAAGUGACCCCAGAGACCCGAACAAGGACAUGGUUGUGCAGUUAAUUGAUGACUUUAAGAUCUCUGGCAUGAAUGGCACUCAUGUCUGUAUGGUUUUUGAAGUUCUUGGCCAUCAUUUAUUAAAAUGGAUCAUUAAAUCAAACUAUCAGGGUGUUCCUAUUCAUUGUGUUAAAAGCAUUAUCCGCCAGGUUCUUCAGGGUUUGGACUAUUUGCAUAGCAAAUGUAAAAUUAUCCAUACUGAUAUUAAACCAGAAAAUAUUUUGAUGUGUGUUGAUGAUGCUUAUGUUCGAAGGAUGGCUGCAGAGGCGACAGAAUGGCAAAAGGCUGGUGCUCCUCCUCCAUCUGGCUCAGCAGUGAGUACUGCUCCUCCGCAAAAACCAAUUGGCAAAAUUUCCAAAAACAAGAAAAAGAAACUUAAAAAAAAGCAAAAGAGACAAGCUGAGCUUCUUGAAAAACGACUUCAAGAAAUAGAAGAAUUAGAACGAGAGGCAGAGCAAAAAAAGACAGACGAAACUGUAUCCUCAACAGUUCUUUUAAAUGAACAGGACUUGGAAGGUCACCCUGAAGCUAAGAUGAAAACCGUAUGUCUUGAGGAUGCAACUGAUGAGGAGCCUGUUAAUGAACAUGAAAGGGGAGGUAAAGAUGAAAAAGAAGACACACAAAAGGAAAAUGUUGAAAAGGGUGAUGGAGAUGAAGAUGAAGAUGAUGAUGAUGAUGAUGAUGAUGAUGCUGAGCCAGAACUGGUUGACACAGAUCAGACAUGGAUUGAAUCUCCUAAAACAAAUGGUCAUUUGGAAAAUGGGCCUUUCUGUGUUGAAUCACAGUUGGAAGAUGACGAAGAAGAUGAUGAUUGCCUUAACCCAGUGGAAUUCAAUUUAGAUGAAUCAAAUGUAGAAAGUGAUUAUACUUAUAGCAGCUCAUAUGAACAAUUUAAUGGUGAAUUGCCAAAUGGACCGCAUAAAAAUUCAGAAUUGCAGUUUUCUGAGUUUUCGACCUCCGUAUUUCCUGAGGCUUUGGAAUCUGCAGCAUGUGGUUUAGCAGUUUCUGAGGAAUCUGCUCUCACAGACAGGGAUGAAAGUAGGUCUUGUCAAGACAGAAGCAGGACAGUUUCAGCAUCGAGUACUGGAGAUUUUCCAAAAACAUCUAAACUUCAAGCUGCCGAUUUGCUGGUGAAUCCUCUGGAUCCUAGAAAUGCUGAUAAAAUAAGAGUCAAAAUUGCAGACCUUGGAAAUGCUUGCUGGGUGCAUAAACACUUCACUGAAGAUAUCCAAACCAGGCAAUACAGAUCAAUAGAAGUUCUGAUAGGGGCAGGGUAUAGCACACCCGCAGAUAUCUGGAGUACAGCAUGUAUGGCAUUUGAACUGGCAACUGGUGACUAUUUGUUUGAACCCCAUUCUGGAGAAGAUUAUUCACGAGACGAAGACCACAUAGCACACAUCAUUGAGCUUCUAGGCAAUAUCCCAAGACACUUUGCUCUGUCUGGAAAAUAUUCUCGGGAAUUCUUCAAUCGCAGAGAUCACAUAGCAUUGAUCACUGAACUGCUGGGAAAAAUCCCUCGAAAAUGUGCUAUGUUGGGGAAAUAUUCCAAGGAUUUUUUCACCAAGAAAGGAGAACUGCGACACAUCACUAAAUUAAAGCCGUGGAGUCUCUAUGAUGUUCUUGUGGAGAAGUAUGGCUGGCCUCAAGAAGAUGCUGCUCAGUUUACAGAUUUCCUGACACCAAUGCUGGAAAUGGUUCCAGAGAAGCGUGCGUCUGCUGGCGAGUGUCUCAGACAUCCUUGGUUAAGUUCUUAGCAAAUAUUGUAGGCUUGAAGCUUUGCUCUGUUGCUGCAUACCUACUUGCUGACUGUGACAAAAUGUUAACAGCAGCAUAAUAUUUGAGCUGGUUUCAUCUCAGUCCCAUUGAUUUACCCCAUUUUACUUUUUGUUAUUUAAAUUUUUUGGUGUGUUUAGUAUUUGUUGGUACUGUUAGCCUUUGUGUCUGCUAUUCUUAUCUGCUCUAACUUAUCCACUCUGUAUUGGGUAGGGGAAAAUUUGUUUCUAACCAUAUUUUUCCAUAUUAUGUGCUGUUCGGAUGUCUAAUAUUUGAGCAAAUAGAGUUUUUUUUCCAUGUCUACAAGAUUUUGUAACUAUUUAUGAAGAUACGUUUUAGGUGAUGUUUGCGUAAAUCCUUGCUUUUGAAAUUCAAAAAAAAUAAAUAAAAAAGGGGCCCUAAAUAUAUGGGCACAGUACAUUUUUAUUGUUCAGGAGAUAUUACCACUCUUGUAUUAUAUUCUAUGUACAUUCACUUUGUAAAUGUUUUCAUUAAUAUCAAUGCUAAGAGAAGGCAAUAGUAUGAUGUGGCACCUUCUGGUACUCUUGACAGUUAAUUACAUGAAAUGAUAUUUGAAUUCCAAAGCCAGUCUAGGUUACCCUGUUCAGUUUAGCAGCAUGUAAUGUCAGCUUAUCUCUGCUUGUUCCCUGCAGGUGACUGGUCUUCUGAACUUGAGUUGCAAAGUAAUGCCUUUUCUUCUCAAACAAUUGACUUGAAUGGCACUUUAGGGAUGCUUUUGCAACAAUCCUAAAAUACAUUUUUUAGAUUUUUAAAAUUUGUGUAGCAGCGUUUCCAUAUCCUUAUUAAACUGUACAGAAAUAUGAAUAGCAGACUUAGUCUACCCUCUAGUUAUAUUUAACAAAUUUGAUUUAUUGGUACGGAAAUCCUUGCCCUUGAUGCUUCUCUAAUUCAUAGAAAAACAGGGCAGUUCAUCUCAAACCACUAUGCUUCAUUCUUAUUUUAGAGUAAAUCUAUUUGUAAUAAUUUUCCAAUUUUGUAUAUGUUAUUUACAGCAACUAGUGUUUUGUCAGAGGUUAUACUCAAGGAUAUUUGGGGUUUUUUUUUUUUCUAUAGGAGUGUGAUGGUGCACCAUUUGAACUUUGGCUUAUGGCAUACAGGGCACAUUUCCCCAUUCUUUCCUAGGUGUGGGAUAAUGCCCCAAAUCACCCCUUGCUGCUUUCCAUAUGGUAAAAUGUCAGUUGCCUUAAAGUGCCAGAACUGGUGUUGAUCAGCCAGAUGCUCCAGUGUUCAAUUCUUAAUUGCCAGAAAAAUGGCAGUGCUGCUGUUUUCAGGCAGUUGUUCUUUAGCUUUGUGGCAGGCAGCAGGGGAAGGUUAUGGCUCCAUUUCUCAUCCAGACAAAACACCUGAAAUUUGUCUCAUGUCCCAUAGACCAUAGUGUGUGACAGACAGGCCAGUUGUAAAUAUAUACUGACUGAACUUUAGGUUACAUGAUUUGUAAUACCCACAGAUAACACACAUAAGGUGUUUACUGCAUUAACAUCAGAAAGACCUCAAUAACAUUUUGUGUGUAAAUUGUGUAAGGUAACAUGUAUUAUAUGUUUGCAGAAAUGCAAAGAAUAACAGAAAACAAAGAAUAAAGAUGUUAAUGCAAUGAUUUUGCUCCACAGUGUGUAGUGCAGUGGACAAUGUAGCUCAUUCUGGUGUAGCAUUCUGAAUGUUAAAUAGCCAAUUUCACAAUUGCUUAGGUGUACAGUACAUAUAAUUCAGCAUUAUUUUUUUAUAACUGAUUGCACUGGCUAUAAGUAUUUUGGAUAUACAUACUAUUUAGUAAUUCAUUUUACCUUAUAACGUUACUUUCAUUCAGGUGCAUUCCUGGUUCGAUUCAAAGCAAAAGAAAAAAAUAUUCUAGGUAAUACCGCUUUUAGGAUGUAUGUAAAUGUCCGUUUGGCCCUCUUUUAGUUAUUGGGAUGAAUGUAAAUUUCUGUUUUUACAAAUUAUGGUGCCACUUUUCUCUUAAACCUCUCAUUUUAAUCACAAGCCUUUGCAAUAAUUAGAUGUAAAAUGCCCCGUAUUGUAACAGUAACCAGUUGUGGUUUAAGGUGCUUGCAUUUGUCCAAUAAAAUGUAUGUUUUUCCAGAUAA